CCAGCGCUCCCUCCCCAUGGCCGGGAGCGGGCCGCGUAGGCGGCGACGGCGCUGAGAGGCCAGGGCGGGGCGGCCGGGGGCCUGCGGCCGAGUGGAAGAUGAGCGCCCUCCUAGAGCAGAAGGAGCAGCAGGAGAGGCUGCGGGAGGCCGCGGCCUUGGGGGACAUUCGGGAGGUGCAGAAACUGGUGGAGAGCGGGGUUGAUGUGAAUUCCCAAAAUGAGGUCAACGGCUGGACUUGUUUACACUGGGCAUGUAAACGCAACCAUGGUCAGGUGGUCUCAUACCUGUUACAGUCAGGUGCUGACAAAGAGAUUCUUACCACAAAAGGGGAGAUGCCAGUGCAGUUAACAUCAAGGAGAGAAAUCAGGAAGAUCAUGGGAGUGGAAGAAGAUGAUAAUGAUGACGACACCCUUCCCCAGCUGAAGAAGGAGUCAGAACUGCCCUUUGUUCCCAACUAUUUGGCCAACCCAGCCUUCCCUUUUAUCUAUACUCCCAGAGCAGAGGAUUCAGCCCAGUUGCAGAAUGGGGGCUCCUCCACACCCCCAGCAUCACCCCCUACAGAUGGCUCACCUCCAAUGCUGCCCCCUGGGGAACCCACCCUGCUAGGAGCCUUUCCCCGGGACCACCCCUCUUUGGCACUGGUUCAGAACGGUGAUGUGACUGCCCCCUCUGCCAUACUCAGAACACCAGAAAGCACAAAACCAGGUCCUGUUUGUCAGCCACCAGUGAGUCAGACACGCUCCCUUUUCUCUUCUGUCCCAUCCAAGCCACCAGUGACUCUGGAGCCUCAAAAUGGGACUUAUGCAGGACCGGCGCCAGCAUUCCAGCCAUUUUUUUUCACUGGAACAUUUCCGUUUAAUAUGCAAGAGCUUGUACUCAAGGUAAGGAUUCAGAACCCAUCUCUUAGAGAAAAUGAUUUCAUUGAAAUUGAACUGGACCGACAAGAGCUUACAUACCAAGAACUGCUCAGAGUGAGUUGCUGUGAGCUGGGUGUUAAUCCAGAUCAAGUGGAGAAGAUCAGAAAGUUACCAAAUACGCUGCUAAGAAAGGACAAAGAUGUUGCUCGACUCCAAGAUUUCCAGGAGCUGGAACUGGUUCUGAUGAUAAGUGAAAACAAUUUUCUGUUCAGAAAUGCUGCGUCCACACUGACUGAAAGGCCUUGCUACAACAGGAGAGCUUCAAAACUGACGUACUAAUGCAGCAGGGACUUUUAUCGCUGAGUAUUGUGACAAUGUAUGUCACCUCUGGGCCAAGGACAAGCCAUUGAUCCAAAAGCCUCGGAUGCCCACGAGGUCCCCUGGUGCCACUGCGUAGUGUACACUAACAUCGUUGUUCUGCCAAGGCAGGAAGCCCCUGUCCCCCAGCAGCGGUGCCACUCUUCCAAGCCUCUUGGUGCACAAUAAACCUAUUGCUUGAAGCUCUGAACAGCUGAGAAGUGGUCUGGAGAGGCAGAAGCCGGAGGUUCUAUAUCCAGUGUGUUUUAUGUGCAGAAUGUAAGAGAGUUGUCUAAGCAGAAGCUGAGAGAGCGCAGAACCUAUUUCCGGCCACUCCUAUUGACAGUGCACCUGAAGGGCCGGGCGCGCUUUUCUUGGUGUUGCAUGCUCAUGACUCUCCUGAAAUUGCAAACUGACUAGAGAGGAAGACUGGGGAAAGCACAGGUACUGGACAAAGGAAUUUUGGUGUGACUUGUGGCUGUGAGGUUUCUUAGAACAUAUUUAUAAAUGUUACUCAGGUGAAAAGUAUUUAAGUAUACAGUUACCUAAUUGUAAAUAGGCUGUUAACCAAAAGCUUCCCCUCCCCCACUUUUCCUUUGCGAACACUCACAACUGCUUCUGUCUCCACUAUCAUCUCUGCUUUACCUUCCCUUCACCGUCACUAGAGGGCUCUCGGAGGCUUUCUAAAAGAGCCACUGCAUUUUUACUGAGGCGAUUCCUGUCAUCAAUGUAUUUAAUUGCACUGUUUGAGAAGAGCACAAGCAUUGCCAGUCCGUGUUCUACAUUCUCAUUUUCCACUAGAAAUGAAAAGCAGUUUUUGAGCCUGAAUCUGUUGCUAUUUUACAGGUUAUUGUGGGAAAUUGAACUAAAGGAGUUAGCAUCUUUAUUUUUGUAACAAAGAUAAAGGUUAUUUUGAAAUUAUUAGGAUUUUUACACAACUCUGAAAUCUGUUGCUUUUUUAAACAAAUCGUUUGAUCUUAGGGAUCCCCUACUGCCACCACCAAUCUACUCAACAAAAUCAGUUGUGAGUCUACCAGACUUAAAAACAAAAACAAAACUUAACCUGAUUAAACUCUUGAGCAUGGCAUAAGAA